CAAAUCCUCUUCGAGCCCCCAACCGCCCUCCUCCCGCACUUCAACCUUUCCCAUAAUUAUUGCCGUGUCCCUCUCCGGCCCCGACAAUCACUCCUCGCGUAGGCGCGUAACAUUCACGCUCCGUCGAAUUUACCGUUUCCCUCCGUCGAUAGCAGCCAGCUUUCCUUCUUCAAUUUCCCGUUUAGCUCAGCCAUUGUUAAACCCUGAUUUAGGGUUUAAGCUUAUUUAUUUGUUAAAAGGGAAGCAAACUUUUAAUAAGAUAUUCAAUUCAGUCCUAAUUAAACAAAAUGAUUGAGAAAUCAAAGAAACGUAAGAAGGGUAUAGUUAGCGAAGGAGAUAUUUCGACUCUCUUGCAAAGGUACACUGCGAAUACAGUGUUAGCGUUGCUGCAAGAAGUGGCUCAAUUUGAAGGAGUGAAAAUAGAUUGGAAUGCACUGGUUAAAAAGACAACGACAGGGAUUUGUAAUGUGAGAGAGUAUCAAAUGUUGUGGAGGCAUUUGGCUUAUAGACAUGCUUUGCUUGAUCAGUUAGACGAUGCUGCUCAGCCUCUGGAUGAUGAUAGUGAUUUAGAGUAUGAAUUAGAAGCAUUUCCUAGUGUUAGUAGCGAUGCUUCAGCUGAGGCUACUGCUUGUGUUAAGGUCCUGAUUGCAUCUGGUAGUCCAAGUGAUUCCACCCACCAAAAUAGCUCAACAGUUGAGGCGCCAUUAAUGAUAAAUAUACCUAAUGGGCAGCCAGUCAGAGAAACAUCAGAAAAUUCACAACCUGCUAUCAUCAGAGGCGUGAAUAUUACAGUGCCAGUUUCUGUUCAGAAACAGUCUGGAGGGUCGGAUACAAAUGGAUCAACAAAUGGCAAUUUUCCUCCCCGGAGAAAACGAAUAAUAUGGACAAAGUCUGAAGACGCGGCACUGAUUGCUGCUGUGCAAAAACAUGGUGUAGGAAAUUGGGCACAUAUUUUAAGAUGCGAAUUAAAUUGGGACAGAACUGCUUCACAGAUAUCUCAGAGAUGGACCAACAUUACAAAGAAGAACGGAAACUUGAAUACGGUAGCAGUAAGUAAUACGAGUGGAGUGCAACUUUCUGAGACACAGCGAGCAGCACGAAUUGCAUUGAAUUUAGCUCUUGAUCCGCCAACUAGGAAUACAUUUACAAAUAACUCCGGUGAAGCUACAUCCAGCCAGUUUCAAGCUCAUCGAUCCUUUGGAGCAAAAUCAUCUUUAAUGGUAUCAUUGAGCUCUGCAACAAAAUCACAAUUAGCUGUGAAAAAACCACCAAUACCCGAUUUGAGUUCAGAUCCGGUUAGAGCUACUGCAGUGGCUGCUGGAGCUCGUAUUGCUACUCAAUCAGAUGCUGCUUCACUCCUCAAGGCUGCUCAGGCAAAGAAUGCUGUCCAUAUCAUGCCUACAGGUGGUUCUUCGAUCAAAUCGUCACUAUCAGGUGGUUCAGCCAAUCAUUCAGAAGCUCGUCCAAGCGUCCACGUAAAUGAUGUAGCAGCUGCAUCACGUAGCACUCUUACAGCUGUCUCGACUAGUGGUACUCGCCCUGUUUCCACAUCAACCACUCAACAGACUUCAAUAGUUGACACUGCAAGGAGCAUGUCAGCUAAACAAUCAAAUGCUGAACUCCCAUCAAAUAAAGAUACUGAAACUGCUGGACGGAUUCAAUUCGUACCAGGUGCAGCAGAACAGCAAAUCAAAAAAGAACCUCGAGCUUGUGUCUCAGGCAAUGAUAAUGGCAAGCAAAAUAAAGCAGAGAAAACAGCCUUGCCAAACAAUGGCUCCUUAAAACUGGAGGUGGCUGAGAGCGACACGUUAAAUGUCGUUAGCAAGCAAGUUGAAGGGAGUCAAAAUUCCAAAGGCGAUAUGAACUUUUGCUUAUCAGUUAAAAAGGAAGAAAAUCAGUCUGGAGUUCAGGUCACUGAUGACAAUGGGAACAUGGCUGACAAGCCAGAUCGGACAAACAUUGCUACUGACAAGUGCAGCGGAAAGCUUGAAGCUGUAAACAAACCGGAGUCAGACAUUGUGAUGAAAGAGGUAGAAGGUUAGAGUAUCCUUGUGCAAAAUAGCAGGAUUUUGUUUCUUCUUUUUCUGCAUAAUUUGCUAUUCGUGUUUUAAUUGACUUUAGAUAUUAUGUUAGUGUAAAUUAGUUAGAAAUUUGUGUGAAAAGUAAAUGAUUGAAUGCAUAUCUUUGCCAAUGCUACUGUUUUGAGAUUGCUGGAAUGCUAUGUGAGAAUAUAAGAAAGAUUGGUUAUAUA